AUGACGUUAUUAUUAAUAACAAUUUUGGCUACGGCUUGUCUCUCAGUAAAUGGAUUUCCACAAGAUCCUAUCCCAUACAGAAAUACAAUUUUUAUGGACUAGCGACUAGAGAAUGGACCAUUCGAAUUUCUCAACUCAUACAAUGACGUAUCACUCGCCAAAGUUAAUAACCCUUAUCGGCUUCCAACAACAACAAAGCCUCAACAUUAUAGGGUGCAUUGGACAGUUGAUAUAACCAAUCUUGCCUUCAACGGUGAAGUAGAAAUUGAUUUAUAUGCAACACAGCCGAACGUUAAUGAAAUUGUGAUCCAUGCUCAUGACUUAGAAAUCAAAUCUGUAAAACUAUUUCUGGGUAACAAUACUAUAUAUCAGACAUACAGCUUAGAACCUCAGUACCAUUUCCUGAGAGUCGGUUUAAUAAGUGAAUCUUUGAUUUAUAAUUCGGAACAGCCAGUUAUUUAUACGCUUGUUAUUGAAUUUGAAGCACUGUUGAGACACGAUAUGACGGGUCUUUAUAGAAACUGGUACAGAAAUAAUGCUACCGAUGAACCAAGUUGGAUGGCAUCGACUCAUUUUCAGGCGACUGCUGCUCGCUUUGCUUUCCCAUGCUAUGAUGAACCAAGCUUUAAGGCUACAUUCGAUGUGAUCAUCACUAGACCUGAAGGUUUUGGAAGUUGGUUUUGCACUAGACGUGUUGAUACCGAAGAUAGUGCUAUUGAAAAUUAUAAGGAUGAUAUAUAUUCGAGAACGCCGGUAAUGUCGACAUACCUGUUGGCUUUAAUAGUUGCCGAUUAUAAAAGUAGGGAAAAAAAUGAAAACGGAAAGCUGAUGUAUGAAGUGAUAGCAAGACCAGCUGCCAUGGAAGAUAAUCAAGGAGAUUACGCAUUUUAUUUUGGACAAGAACUUUUAGAAAAAAUGAACAAUCACACGGAUAUGGACUUUUAUUCUGUAAAUGAAAAUAUUAAAAUGACUCAAGCCGCUAUACCAGAUUUUUCUGCGGGCGCUAUGGAGAACUGGGGUUUACUAGUUUACAGGGAAGCUUACAUAAUGUACAGCGAUAAACACUCUGAUGGAUUUUUCAAACAGAGAAUUGCUUAUAUUUUGUCUCACGAAAUUGCGCACAUGUGGUUUGGGAAUCUCGUCACGUGCGACUGGUGGGAUAAUCUGUGGCUUAAUGAAGGAUUUGCCAGAUACUACCAAUACUACCUUACUGAUUGGGUUGAUCCAGAAUUAGGCUUAGGUAUACGUUUUAUCCCUGAACAAGUUCAUACUUCGUUGCUCACUGACUCCGCUAAUAAUCCACACCCUCUCAACAAUCCUGGUCUCGGUAGUCCUGUGGAAGUCAGAACUAUGUUCACCCAGAUCAGCUAUAACAAAGGUGCUGCCGUUAUCAGAAUGACUGAACAUUUAAUGGGCUCCAAUAAUCAUAGGGAAGGCUUGAGGAAAUAUUUAAAACAAAGAUCAUUUAAAACUGCUCUCCCUAUUCAUUUAUUUCAAGCCCUGCAAGAGGCGGCUGAGGAAACAGGUGCUAUUGAACAAUACGGACCCGAUUUUAAUAUCAUAGAUUACUAUAAGACUUGGAGUGAACAAAGUGGACAUCCUGUACUCAAUGUAGAAGUUAAUCAUCAGACAGGUCAAAUGACUAUUCAUCAGCGCCGAUUCAAUAUUAAUAGUGGAUAUUCUGUAUCUACUACUAAUUGGAUUGUACCAAUCACCUUCGCGACCGCCAGUGAUCCAUACUUUGAAGAUACUAAACCUAGUCAUAUAAUAACAGAAUCUGUUACUGUUAUCGACCGCAAGAGCAUCGGUGAUGAGUGGGUUAUUUUCAAUAAACAACAAACAGGAUUUUAUAGAGUAAAUUAUGAUGAUUAUACUUGGGAUCUUAUAACAACACUUUUAAGAGGACCGAAUCGAACGUUAGUACAUGAAUUCAACAGAGCUCAGAUUGUCAACGAUGUAUUCCAAUUUGCGCGUUCCGGUCUUAUGAGCUACACUAGGGCUUUCAAUAUUCUCUCGUUCAUGAGAUUUGAAACAGAAUAUGCACCUUGGGCAGCUGCCAUCUCAGGUUUCAAUUGGGUUAGAAACAGAUUUGUUCGUACCACUCUGGAAAAACAAAUAAACGAUUUAUUUAUCGGUUGGGCGACUCCAUUGAUGGAUACUUUGACGUACUAUCCUAGCGAAAAUGAGUCUUUUAUGCGAUCUUAUUUGCGUUAUGAAUUGGCGCCCAUAAUGUGUCAACUGGAAGAUCAAGAGUGCCGAGAAGCUGCAGUGCAUCAAUUCCAAGAACUUGUAAAUAAUGAUAUCGAAGUUCCAGUAGACAGUCGCAGCUGGGUAUAUUGUAAUGCUCUCCGGGAGGAAAUCAACGGGAGCUUCGAUUACCUUUGGGAAAGAUUCCAGACUCAUCCUGUGUACGCUGAAAAAAUACAAAUUCUUAUGAUCCUAGGUUGUUCUCCUAAUUCAACGGCACUAGAAACGUUCCUUGAUGGCAUCGUGCAGGAUAACUUUAUCAUCAGGCGUCAAGAUUACACGACAGCUUUCAAUUCAGCUGUCACUGGAAAUGAGGGUAAUACGAAAAUCGUAUUCGAAUACAUAAAGAAUAACAUCCAGGAAGUGUCAGAAGCACUGGGGACGGCAACUGCGCUUUCAUAUAUUUCUUCAAGGCUGAGAACACGAGACGAAAUAACAGAGUUUCAACAAUGGGUUACAAGCAAUCAAGAGUUAUUAGGCACGAGUUUCCAGGCCGUAUAUAAUGGUGCUACUACGUCAUCUACUGCCUUAGAUUGGGUUGCUGUAGUAGAAAGUGACGUCAGCAACUAUCUCACCACAGGAGAUAGCCCGGUACAAACUAGUACAGCCGCUGAUGUAACUACAACCACACAAUCAUCUGUUACUGUUGCACCUAUACAGUCUCCCACAACUGUUUCUCUUCCAGAUUCAGCAAAUGCAUCUUUCUUAUCAGCUUUCAUAAUUAUGAUUGCUAUUUUGGUAAACUUUGUGUUUUAG